UUCAUUUAAUUACAUUUCCUUUUCUUGUUUUCCGCCACUCUUAUCUCCAGAAACAAUGACAACGCCGUCGUUUGGAGUAAAAGCAGCAGCAGCUGCCGCAGUGAUGACCGGAGGACCAAACGCCGGCGGAAAAAAAGUAAUGAUAACGGGAGUGAGCAAAGGGCUAGGCAGAGCCCUAGCUUUAGAAUUAGCUAAAAGAGGACAUACAGUAAUUGGUUGCUCUCGUGCUCAGGAUAAGCUUAAUUCUCUCCAAUCAGAACUCCCUUCAGACCACAAUAAUCAUCACCUCCUCCUCAAUGCUGACGUGAGCUCAAAUAGUAGUGUGGAAGAACUUGCGAAAGCUAUAAUGGAAAAGAAAGGCGUUCCUGAUAUAAUAGUGAAUAAUGCGGGGACUAUAAAUAAAAAUAAUAAGAUAUGGGAGGUGCCAGUGGAAGAAUUUGAUACUGUGAUUGAUACAAAUGUGAAAGGAAUAGCAAAUGUUUUGCGCCAUUUUAUACCUCUUAUGUUGCCCAAUAAGCAAGGAAUUAUCGUUAAUAUGUCUUCUGGUUGGGGAAGAUCUGGUGCUGCCUUGGUUGCGCCUUAUUGUGCUUCUAAAUGGGCUGUUGAGGGUAUGAGUAGAUCAGUUGCCAAGGAACUGCCUGAUGGGAUGGCAGUUGUUGCACUUAACCCAGGUGUGAUACAUACUGAAAUGCUCCAGUCAUGCUUUGGCACUUCAGCAUCGUUGUACCAGGCACCUGAUGCAUGGUAUUCAGAUUUACUUUUCAUUAUAUUUUCAUAUGGUAUUCUCCUGAAAUUGUAUAUACAUGUUUUCCAGUUAUCCACACAAGUUUGUGCCUAGUUCAUGUAAGAACAACUUGCAAAUAACUAAAAGAUUGACAACCAUUGUCCCAUUCCUAAGCCCCAGUGAAAGAUACAGGACUUAUCAAAAUUUUAAUUCAUACCAUAUAUAAACCAAGGAACUUUUGAAUUUAUGAGAUUCAACUUUUCGUCUCUGUAUUUCUGAACCAUGGGGAUGUACAUUCUUUUGUUUCCUGGUGUUAUGCAAUGUAAUGCAUCUGAAGGCACAGACAUGGUAUGAUUCGUAACAGAUUUGCUCAGCACAAUUUAACUGUCGUGUAGUCUACUGGUUUGCAACUUAAAGAUUUAGUCCAACACUCAAAAGUCAAAAAUACUUUAUGGUACAGUUGCGAAAUUUUCCAGUUAGUAAGAAUGAUAAAUUAAAGUUCUUGGAUUGCUCACUGGUCCUUAGUUGAUAUCAUGAUUGUGGAAAACCUCUAGACACUUUCUCUGCUUACUUAACCCGUUGUCUCUGGAUAAUCAGGGCCUUGAAGGCGGCUACAAUGAUACUCAAUUUAACAGGAGCAGAUAAUGGUGCAUCCCUCACAGUUUGAUUGAGCUCUCCGAACAUGAUG